CCUUUUCACACACACGAGGGUUCCACUCGGAGCGCUGCUGCUGCUGACUCGACUUUCCCUCUCUGUCGCCCCCUUAAACCGGCUGCUUCAGUUCGGCGAAGCGGGGAGAAACAGGCCGCGCUCCCGCAGAACAAAGUUUUACCCGCCUAAAGAAAGCGGCCGGAACCGAACCCGAGGCCGCCUCGCCUCCGCGAACAGCCGCUUUAACGAGCUCAAACUUCAGGAACUGCCGAACCGCCGCCAUGGAGCCAUCCACAGACGCCGUGCUGGAUUCGUGGGAGCAGCAGGAGGAGGACGGCGAGGCCGUGGCGGAAAACCGACUUUCGGACGCUUUAACCGGCCUGAACGUCAACGCCAAGCCGUUCGUGCCCAACGUGAACGCGGCGGAGUUCGUCCCGGGUUUCUUGCAGAAGUCCCCGGGGGAAAACGUCGCCUCUGCCGUUUCUGAGGAUGCCAGUAUAGAGGUCUCGGAACCUGAAUCAGCUCCACCGUUGGAGAACGGAGACGCAGAGAUGGGGGCUGAGGACAGCUGGGAGCAGAAAGGCUGCGAGGCAGAGCCUGGAGGCGGCGGGCCGACUGAGGAAGAAUCCCUGCAGGAGGAAGGAUUAGAGGAGGAUGAAGAAGUGCCAACGCCCAAAGUAACCCCCGCCCAGCCAAACGCUCCCAAAAAGGAGCAUGUAAACGUGGUGUUUAUUGGCCACGUCGAUGCUGGCAAGUCGACCAUUGGAGGACAGAUAAUGUAUCUGACAGGCAUGGUGGAUAAGCGCACUCUGGAAAAGUAUGAGAGGGAAGCCAAGGAGAAGAACAGAGAGACCUGGUACCUUUCUUGGGCUCUCGAUACAAACCAGGAGGAGAGAGAUAAGGGGAAGACUGUGGAGGUGGGUCGUGCAUACUUUGAGACGGAGAAGAAACACUUCACCAUUCUGGAUGCUCCAGGCCACAAAAGCUUCGUCCCCAACAUGAUCGGUGGAGCGUCGCAAGCUGACCUGGCUGUGCUGGUGAUCUCGGCGCGGAAAGGGGAGUUUGAGACGGGAUUUGAGAAAGGAGGCCAGACGCGAGAGCACGCCAUGCUGGCUAAAACUGCUGGGGUCAAGCACCUGAUUGUUCUGGUGAACAAAAUGGACGACCCCACAGUAAACUGGAGUUUGGAGAGAUACGAGGAAUGUAAGGAGAAACUGGUGCCAUUUUUGAAGAAGGUCGGGUUCAACCCAAGAAAAGACAUUCAUUUCAUGCCAUGCUCAGGAAUGACAGGGGCCAAUCUGAAGGAGCCAGCUGAGCACUGCACCUGGUACACAGGGUUACCAUUCAUUCCACAUCUGGACAGUUUGCCAAAUUUCAACAGAUCCAGUGACGGACCAGUGAGGUUACCGAUUGUAGAUAAAUACAAGGACAUGGGCACAGUGAUUUUGGGGAAGUUGGAGUCGGGGUCCAUAAGCAAAGCCCAGCAGCUCGUGAUGAUGCCCAACAGACACACUGUGGAGGUUCUGAGUCUGCUCUCUGACGAGGUGGAGACGGACGACGCCGGGCCGGGAGAGAACCUGAAGCUUCGACUGAAGGGCAUUGAGGAGGAGGAGAUCCUGCCAGGCUUCAUCCUCUGCACCUCAGAGAGCCUCUGCCACACCGGCCGUACCUUUGAUGCCCAGAUAGUCAUCAUUGAACACAAGUCAAUCAUCUGUCCGGGUUACAAUGCAGUUCUGCACAUUCAUACCUGCAUCGAGGAAGUUCAAAUCACGGCCUUAAUCUGUCUGAUAGAUAAGAAGACGGGUGAGAAGAGUAAGACGCGACCGCGUUUCGUUAAACAGGACCAAGUGUGCAUCGCCCGUCUGAGAACCUCCGGGACCAUCUGCCUUGAAACCUUCAAAGAUUUCCCCCAGAUGGGGCGAUUCACCCUGAGAGACGAAGGGAAGACUAUCGCCAUCGGGAAAGUGCUGAAGCUGGUUGCUGAAAAGGAAUGAACACACUGCAUGGUUGUUGUGGAACAGCUGAAGGGGGCGGAGAGGUGGGUGUUGCUUUAGCAACACGAUUCCCACUGCCUUCCUGCCUCCAGAAGGCCAGCUUAAAAAAAAGAAAGAAAAAGAAACUUCUUCUCUAAAAACAUGUUUUUAAGCAAAUGAAAAAGAAAUCAAAGUCCACACGUGUCAGCUUUCUCAUAUUGAGAGCUCAGCGAUGCCAUGUUGUUUAGGGUCUCCCCCCCUUUAUGACCUUUCAACCUUUUUGCUCACCAGCCUCCUCCUUCUCCUCCUCCUCUUCUUCCUCCUCCUCCAUACAGACGGCCAGAGAUGCAGCUCUUUUUGAUGAUUUAAUUUUUUUUAUUUUUUUUUUUUUAUAAAUUGUUUAUUUUUUUCCAUCAGAGAAAUACAGUGGCAGCAGACGUGGACCAGAGUUUGCUUGUAUAACAAUAAAGAAAUGUUACAAACAGUAAAGAAGUUUGAAAUGAUAACCAGUUGAAACCAAAAUGUUAUUGUACGUCUCCCUUUGCUUCUACCCACUCUGGUUUCUCUUCUCAAAGCGACGUUCCUGCGACGUGCACGAGCGUGCUCACAUGUUAUUAAAGCGACUUCUAUGACAAUAAAAUAUUAAAUUGGGGAAAUUGUGAUUA